AUGAACAAAGACUCAUCGGUUAAUGAAUGGCUAUUUUUUGAUUCGUUAUUGUUUGCAUUUGCACUUAUUACAACAAUUGGUUAUGGCAAUAUUACGCCGAAAACAUUCGCAGGACAAAUGUUUUGUAUAUUUUUUGCUGCAUUUGGUGUACCAUUAACACUACUUAUUAUUGCUGAUCUUGGCAAAUUUAUUUCUCGAAUUAUUUUUGCUUGCAAUGAUCGUUUCAAUAAUAAAAUAAAACGAUUGCUGCGAAAACGUUUUAAGAUGAUAAUAUGUAAUCACAAAUCGAGUAAAUUUAUAAGUAAUAAUUCUAAAGGUAAAUUACUGUGUGAAAAAAAUGAUGAUAAUGAAAUAAAUGGACAAAAAAAUAACGAUGAUAAACAGAUUAAUGGAACAGAAGCAAAAUCAGAAAUGACUGAUGAUAAUGAACAAUCAAAUCGAACAUUAGCACUUCUUGUACUAUUUUUCAUUUAUGUUAUUGCUGGUUCAUUGUUACUCAGUAGCUAUGAACCUGAAAUGCCAUUUUUUACUGCCAUAUAUUUCAAUUUUAUAACAUUAACAUCUAUUGGACUUGGUGAUAUUGUACCACAAAGACGAACUUAUAUGGCAAUAACAAUUUUAUACAUAACUGUUGGUUUAGCACUUACAACAAUUGCUAUUGAAAUUGCUGCUGAUACAUUAAAGAAAUUACAUUAUUUUAGACGUCAAAUUAAAAAUGUUGGCAAUAUUGAAAUUUGGUUUGGUGGCAAAAGAUUAACUGUUCGUCAGAUAAUUCGCAAUUUAUGUGAUCAAUUUAACAUUCCUGAUACAGCAAUAUCCGGUUUCAAUAUUGGUCAUUUUGUUGAGGAAGCGAUCAAGGUUGAAGCUGGUGAACGACCUUCAUUACGAACUACAACUCCACGACAAGAAGUUAAUUCGCAUGAUGAAAAUGAAUUUCUCACAAAAGCUUGUGCAUCAUGUGAGAAUGAAUCUGAACAUGAUGUAUCGGAAAAUGAACCAGAACCGGAACAUAUGUCAGAAUCUAAGUUUGUAUUGGAGGAAGAAUUGAAACCGGAGUCUGAAGCAAAAUCGGGAUAUGAAUCAGAAGUAGAACUACCAGAACCUGAACCAGUCAAGCUGUUACCAGAAAAAGAAAUUCCUCAAUGUGAGCCAAUAUCAGUAACUCCUGAAAUAGAAUCAAUAUCUGAACCUGAAUUGUAUCUAUUGGAGUUAUCGAAAGAAGUAGAAAUUCCAUAUAUACCUGAAAUACCAGUGCUUACUGUACUUGAACCAACAUCGCCGCCGGAAUCAGUGUCAGAAUCAGUUGAAGUUACGGAUGUAACACAGGAGCUGAAAUCAGAACAAGGCACAUCGGUUGAAUCAGAAGAGAAGAGUGUUAAGGAUCCAAGACUGGAUGCUUUACGGCGGAAAGGUUACAGUGAGGAAGCCUGGAAACGCUAUCAAGAAUAUCAGAGUGAAUGGAAUAAGUUCCGACGUCUUUCACGUACUCUUUCACGCAAAGAUCAUCGGAAAGGCGCAAAAAAAUGA